AUGACUGGAAUUAAGGAUUUGAAAUUGUCAUGCUGGAUGUUGCUGCCGGUUGGUGGGUUGGGGAUGAAUUCUUCGAUGGAUGAUAUGAACUUAAUUCAACAUGCACAGAGGCAUCACCUGGUGGUUAGGGAGCUAGGAGAAGAAAUUGACUUGGAAAUUGGGCCUGGGGAUGAUGACCCCUCCUUUGUGCAGACCCCUCUCAUUGGUGUGCCACCACGAGAAUCUUCUUCCGCUGAAGAGCACGAUGAGAGCAAAGAGAUGGUUAUGGUUUCUCAACAACCAUUUGGAGAUCAAGACUUGGCAAAGACACAACAGGUGAAAAGAAAAAAGAAGGUUGUGAAAAGAUGGAGAGAGGAAUGGGCCGAUACAUACAAGUGGGCUUAUGUAGAUGUGAAGGAAGGAACAGCAAGGAUAUUCUGCUCUGUUUGCAGAGAGUAUGGUAGAAAGCAUAGGAGGAAUCCUUAUGGAAAUGAAGGCAGUAGGAAUAUGCAGAUGAGUGCACUAGAGGAGCAUAACAACAGUUUGCUUCACAAAGAGGCUCUUCGCUUGCAAAUGGCUUCCAAAGAUAAGAUUAUUGUUGAUAAACCAAUAUAUGUAAAAGGUUAG